CUAUUAAACAAACACUUAUCUGCGGUGACAAACCUUAAAAAAAAAACAGCAAAUUGGCCCGACUCGGGUGCAGAUUCGCCCAGCGUUAUCGUAAUUGACUGCCGAACAAAUUUACAUGAGAAUGCGCAGGUGUCGAAGAACUGGUUGUUGCUUCGCACUCUUAACCGAGGCAGCCAGAAAGUCAACAGCCGAUACACAUGACGAUCGUGUACGGGGGCGAUCACAUCGGCGAGUAGCGCUCACGCCGAACACAUCGUUGACACACUCUAAAUGGGCGGCCAUCCUAGAGUACGCGCUUCAUACUUGGAAAGCACAGCGCAAGUAAACCGACCAAUCACAUGCCGUGCUACUCAUUUCACUUGGCACACAUUGAACCUGCUCCACACACUUUGACCAUGAUUUGACAGAUGCACGGCAGUCCGUCUACUGGCCGCACUCCAUGUGAAACGCCGGCAUCAUCCUGUCGCAAGGACUCCAAGAACACAGUGAGCACCAAGCUGUGACUACGUGGUCGUCAUUGCAACUGAAGCCAGAUUGCCUCCGUUCAGUUUCACCGUAAAGCACUCCAGCCGAACCAAUUUGUGAUUUAUUUUGUCGCAGACUAAACUAUGGGCGCGAUUAACAAUUACCGUGUCUCGCCGGUACAGUAACUCCACGCUGGCGCUGGAUACUUGAUCGGUAAUUCUCGGUUACAUUAAUGCUUGUUCUCAGCAAAUUCCAUUGUCGAUUUCCGACCGAACUUGGUCCUGGCUUUGAUCAAAUCGGUUGGACUUUCAGGAGCUGUUUUUACAACCCAGGAGGGGGACCUGUGUGUCAUUUCAAUUACUUGAGACGAUAUAUCAUUGCUCAACCUGUUGCGAGAACUUGCUUUUGGUUGAAGGCCGGCAUACCAGCAAGCACGACGCAAGCAUGACUGCAGCCAGACCGAUCCUCGCUCUCCUUGCUCAGGUUCUACUUAUUACCUGCGUUCAGCCAUCGCUCGCCAGUAGGUUCCCGUUGGCGCAUGAGCUGACGAGCCGGGAGAGGGACUGCGAAAUCGACUGUUCGACCGCGAAGGCGCGGCCAGUCUGCGGUAUGGAUGGACAGACGUACAACUCACGCUGCGAAAUCAGAGUGGCUCGGUGCCUCGGGAACUCGGUCCAAAUUAAACAUAAAGGACAGUGUGAGGGUUUGACAAAAUGCCAAACGGAACAAGCAGCGAGCAGGAUGCGGGCUAUGACGUCGACGGAAGGCGUGUUUGUGCCCCAGUGUGAGGAGGAUGGGAGCUUUUCCAAGGUGCAGUGCCACCAGUCCUUCGGGUAUUGCUGGUGCGUGACGGAGGACGGCAAGCCCAUACCGGGCUCCUCGGUGGAACAGGCCACUAAAAUGACGUCUCCUCGGCCCUCGUGUAACGGUGAAAUGGCAGGACAAACAGCAACGUUUCCUCCAACGAAACGACCGCAUCCAGACACGAAAGGCUGCAGUCAAGAUGCGAGAAUAGAAUUCAACACGAAUCUGAAGGACAUUUUCAGGGAGGAGUUCCAUCGUCUGCCCACGACGCAGCCGUCAGAGACCACAGGCGGCGUGCAAAGAACAGAGGACUCUCAGAAGCGCAUCAUCGAGUGGAAAUUCACUGAGCUGGAUAGCAACGGUGACAUGGAGUUGGACAGGAAAGAGCUGAACUCACUGAGAAGGAUGAUGAAGAAAAUUUUGAAGCCGAAGAAGUGUGCCAAGACAUUUGUUGAACACUGCGAUUUGGAUCGGGACGAACGAAUCGCUAAGACUGAGUGGUCAUUUUGUCUGGUGGAUAAUAUUUCGUUCCACCUCUUCUUAUCCCUCAACUCAGAUGAGCAAGCAGAGGAGGAGCCGACAGCUGACACAAAUUUACCAGAAGGUCUGCCUCCUCCCGUCAGAAUCUUGCCUGUCACUCCUCCCCCUCCUGGAGACACAGGAAACGCGGAUUCUCCCACGGUGGUCUCAUGUGAAGCGGAGAGAGAGCGUGCCACUAAACGGGCCGAGUUGCUGCCGAAGAGCGGUGUUUUCAUUCCGCAGUGCCACGAAGAUGGCGGCUACAAGGCCGUGCAGUGCCACGAGGAAGCAGGGUACUGCUGGUGUGUCUAUGUGGACACCGGCAGGCCCAUCCCGGGCACAUCUACCUCGGCCUCAACACCAGAGUUCAAUUGCGACGAGAACGCCACAUCGAGAGGUCCUGCUGGAAUUCGAGUCUUUGAAGAUUGCUCCGGUAACAAGAAAGAGGAGUUCUUUGAGAUCUUACUGGACAUAUUUACUGAAGAGAUGUCGAUAGAUGAUUCCAUUAUAGAUGGCGCCUCACCUGAACGAGUGGCACGCUGGAAGUUCCAACAGCUAGACGAGAGCGGAAACAACCUGCUCGAGCGGAGGGAGUACCUGGAGUUCAAGGAAGAGCUCAAGAAAAUCAACGCCGCCUCCAAGAAGUGUCGGCGGAACUUCAUCGAGUACUGCGACGAAGAUGGCAACAAGGACCUGUCUAUGGGAGAGUGGCUCACUUGUCUGGAAGUUAGAACAGUUGACCGAUUAAUGUGAUCAACGCAGGGAAGAUUUCCUCGUGCAUGAGUUUCUCUUCAGAGUAAGGACUCUAGACAUAACGUUUAGUCUGUAAAGAAAUGUGUUACCAGAGACCCUCCCUGCUUGUUGCGAAGUUACUAAACGCGACUUCAAGGUGUCGUCAAGCCUAUUAGGGUCGUUUUGUCCGGACAGUGGUGUUCAGAUUGACCGACCUAAGCACACUUGAAAUGGAAGAAUGUGGAUUGUGGAUCUGGGAAAGUCGCGGGAUUGUGUUACUAGGGUCAACUGGGGAGAAGUGCCUGAUGAAACGUUGGAGUGGUGAAGUUAAAUAAAACGGCUUACUAGAGUUGAGCGUUGCACAGGGAGUCACGGGUCGUUUGCAGCUGUUACCAGUGGAGACUUGAGGACAAAACAUUCUAAAUGGGGAUCACCCACUACCUCCCCACUCUGGAGCACGGUGGACUGCAGUGGGGGAAAUCUUCUCAUUUGGGACAUCUUGAUUUGCCCUCCGAAACUCCGCAAAGAUGUGCAGCAGUAAACUAGUCGUCCAAAAUUGCGGAAUAUGUUGUCAAUUCACGGAACUGAGGAUGCAAUAUGAUUUUGCUUAUCUUCGAAAGCUUGGUUUUACUAGAAUGCCAGGUUGUUUGUGAGGAGCGCUGCACUGCUCGGGGCUGGAUUAUUGCAGCUGUGGAGUGCAAGCUCAGCUACUUGAUGCUGGGAUCAGUUGAAUGAGCAAGCGGGGAAUGUGCAGACAAACACUUGUCACUGAGCUCCAAUCCCAAGUAUGUUUUAAAGGGAUUCUUUAUUUAUGUUGCUGCUGGUAUGACUUACUACACCUGUGCCGUUCGGUCUGAUAGGAUCGACUCUUGCGUUUUGCAAGGAUUUAAUUUGCCUGCUAUGUAAACCAAGUUUUUACCUGGUGAAAUUGAUAUUCAAAUUGGUGUUAACAGUGAAGCCAGUUGUGAAAAGGCAUUCAUCGGUAAAAUAAUGUGUAUAUAUUAGAUGGCUGUGUUGCUAAACUGUUGCAUUUCAGCAUCAAUAAAGGCUAUAGCUUAAUGUGUGCCUGUCACAAUCGUAUUGUAGUAAGAUUGAUCAGGAUGCCUGAUAAUUCAAUCAAAGUGCUGAGGAGCAAAAUCUUUUAAGUGUACUUUGACUUUCAUAGUUAGAUACAUCAAGCGCAGCAAGGAGGCCGUGGUAGGUAAAAGGCGAUUUCCAUGGUCUGACUUGUAUUCAUGUUUUGAAGAAAAAACGUCACAAUUUAAAGCGUUGUCAAAUGUAGCCGUUUGUCGGAUGUGCUGGUUGAAAGAUUCUUUAUCAGAAAGGCAUACCUUGAAGCAUUCCCACAGAUGUGAUCGCCUUUUUAUGAAAGAGUGAAGUGCGCUGCAAGUAUCAUUUUCACCCACAUGCUUUUCACCUGAAUGGAUGUGAUCAAUCAAACAAUUGCUGCCCAUGUUUGACCCUACCACAAAGUCUUAAGAAUUGGUGGCAUUUGAAAGUAAACUACAUGUGUAUCUGAUACGGUAACUCUUAUUUCGCUGGUCUUUUCUAGAGCUGUGUCGUUUCAAGUCCUAUCUGAAAGAUUACAUAUCUUUGUAUAUAUCCUUUAAAUGCUGAGAGGUAUAAAUUGAUGUAAGUGAUUAAAACCAGUUUUGUAAUUUACCUUGUAAUGUAUUUAAUAGGAGAAUUUGAAUUUAAAUGCAUGUGAUUGUAAAAAAAAAGCUCAAAGAGUUGCCAUAUUAAACAAAGGCAGCGAAGGCCUGUAAGCGUAGCGUAGUGGUACAAAUUCUGCAUUCAAGUAUUUAUAUGUUAAAUUAACGAAACUCUGUGUCCAUUGACAUCAGAUCUUUUAUACUUGAUGACCUAUUUUAUUUGGAGAAAAAGCUGCAUUUUCACAGAGGGAGGGCCUCAGCAGGAUGUUUGCCAAAUUAAUUAUCAACUGAAUGCUACAGUCGCAUAUCUUUUUCGGAAUAAAGCACAAAAUCCCUCCAAAACGAAACUUAAAUUUCACAUUGCUUUGUUUUGUCAAACAAGUAUUCCGCCAUCGCACGAAGCUUGGAAAGUUUUUCUUAAAUUUUGAGAAACUCUACAAAAUAAAAGUCCUACUUAAAGGCAAAUUGAAGAGAUUUGCAAUCCUUGUAAACAUUUUAUACAACUUGCUUUUUGAAUAUCAUUUUUAUAUUUGUAGAAUAUUAGUAAUGAUUUUUAAAAGGAGAUUAUGAUAGUUUGCUCUGCUUGUAAAAAAUGUAAGUAUCAAUGAAAGAAUUACAUUAAAUUAAAUUACAUACGGUGUGUGUAGGGAUGCGUUAAGGGGUAUGAUCGAUUUACAGGGCCUAAUUGUAAAGCUCUUCUAAGCACGCAAGCGUUGAGAGUAUAUCGACGUUUUUUUCACAAGCUCAGUAUCCCACGUGGUCAGCCAUUUGUUUCCAAGAAAGUGCUACAGAGUAGAUGUAACUGCUGAUUGUUUAUAUUUUCCACAUGACAACCGUAUUUUGCCGUCUGUCCAAUAAGCUUGUUCCGGGUCUUACAACCUAGCCUGUUAUUUGGAUUUAUACUGUUUUUAAAAUCCCAUGAUCAGUGACAGGAAGCGCAUUAAAUCUAUGCUUUCUUAGUGGCUCACAUAAUUCGGAGAAAAUAUCGUCACAGGUUUAUUAAUCUGUGAUGAAAAUACACUGUUACCAGUUUUUUAACAUCCAGUGAUUAAGGAGGUCGUGGUGGUCGUGGCCUUACGAAUUGGCCUAUCCUGAAAACCAAUCCUUAGAGUUUCUUCACGAGGGUCUUCCUCAGGCCUACUGAUCGCUGGGAGACAAAAGCCCCGGCCGGAAACGAGGUUGAAGUCCAGGAAAUGGCGAGUUUGUGGAGUUAAGUUUGCGGAACAAAUUCCAUUUAGAUGCAGAGAUCAGUUGUGUUUCAUUCCAUGUUUCAUUUCUUAAACUUUGACUACAUGUACUUUAAUUGUCAGACAAACUAGCAAGACACUAGUACAUCCGCCCUUUCCGUUGCGUUGAGGAAAUCCAUUGAAAUUAAUAUUGAUUAAGCUUUCCUUUUCAGGAUGUUGCUCAAGCGCCGUUUAAAACAAUAAAAAUAGCCAUGAGGUAAAAAUUGUCAAUUUAGGUUUGUGCAACUAAUGUCACUCUGUGACGUGAAUUAUAGUAUUCAAGUUGUUAAAAGAUGGGCUUUCAGAAAUACAGCAUCCUUUGCGGUUUGGUUGAAUGACUGGAGUUGAGAACCUUUACACGGGGACCCUCAAAGCUUGUCAUGUUGGCAAGGAAUAACUUGUUUUUGCCCAGGUGUCUAUAACGACAAGAGUUCACCUGUGAAAGAGGCAAAUUUCUUGUGCCUUUUCCGAGAGGUUUUGAGUGACAAAAGCCCUCGAACACUUGCCACGAUGUGAUUCGGCCACGAACCUGCUGCUUACUAGCGAAAACGUCACACCACUCACCCCGAGCUCGUCAGGUCGGAAAUUGUUGAUUCGAAUCGAUAUAAGAAAGUGUGCAUCGCGGGUGGAACUGUGGGUGCGACAUUGUUAGCAUCUUGUUAGUACGGCAAGACAGAAGCUUGUUUGUCAUCGUGACUAGAACCCACACACCGGCUGCAUCCGGUACGUACGACAAACUUGUAGCACUGUAAAGGUCAACGAAUAUCUUGUCAAUGUCUUGACCAGCAGAACUUGAUUUCUACUAGCAAUAGCAGUUCCUGUCACUGGUACUAAAAUCAACGCCUCGAAUGUUUUCGGUGAACAAAUAAAUACUACUUUUUUUGGAAAAGCUAUAGCUUCAUGAGCAAGACUAAAUUCUUGAUGAAAGACGCUCCAAGCCUUAUACAUGUAGCUUCGGUCGCUCGCUUACCCAUUCUUGUCCACAAGAUUUACUUUCAAAAUAACGCUGCAUUUCUUCUAAGGCAGUGUGUUUCCCUGUUGGAAUUGUACUUGCAUGAAACUCUGCUGGCCUCUUUAUACGUGACACACUUCGAGUGAGAGAGUAAAAUCAUCAGGGAGGUGCAUAUUUUAUACUUUCUUCCCACAAACGAACAGCUCCUUUAUCGCUCUGCACAAAAUUUAGGUGGGGCCCGGAAAUAAAAACAAUUUACGGUCGCGAAUUUUAAAAACAAAGUAUUCUCGGAUGAAGUCAGGCAGUGUGAUCAGACGAAAGUAUUCGAGGGGAGAUGUCGAUUAUUCAUCGUAAUGGGUUGAGGGGAACAAACAGUCCCGAAGCUGUGUGGUUUCUGCAGACAGAAACUUGGGGAAAUCGACCUCCUCCUGAGUAACAUCCCAUCGGGGGAACCCAGUGACCCCCGGUUUCCUUUUGGACAAGAAGCCAUAUGCAACGAAUUCGGCAUAGAAGAAAAAUGCCCCCUUUGCCGCUGAAAACUUGAAACAUGCAGUCAACGCAUGGUGCGAUUUGUUGGACUGUUGCCUGAAUAACACGCAGUUGACUUUGGCGGCUGAACUAUGUAGCUAUGGGCUGCAGCCGAUAUAGCCUGUCUUCGCUUACGCCUAUUCUUUGAUGCAUCCAGAAGAUGUUUUGCAUAUAUAAUGCCUGCUUCCACUAUUCAUUUUCACUGCUCCUUCUUUUUAGCGUGUCAACCGACUCUCAACAAAGUGUUUUUAUGGUCUGUAGGCGAUUUGAAUGUUAAUUGAUUCAAGUAGCAGUAACUUCCUCAUGAAGCCUCGCAUGUAUUUUACCACUAUGUACACCCGUAUAAUUAUUUCCCACUUCCGGAAUUCUAUAUUACAUUGAAUAAAACAUGAAUGGACGGCGCAGUGUGUGUGUUGACACAGCCGAAAAAUCACAGAACCAGUUCUGGCGCCGUAUUGCCUACAGGCGAGUUAACAGGCCUUGUAACGUGUGUGGGGGAAGUGGUGCUUUCGGAUUGUGAUAUGAUUAUUGCGGUGACAUGAACGUAUUAAUAAAAUGUGAAAAGCUU